AUGGCCCACGUCUUCAGUGCUCCAGGAAAAGCCCUACUUGCAGGCGGCUACUUGGUCAUUGACCCUCAAUAUGAAGCAUAUGUUACGGCACUUUCGUCCAGAAUGCACGCCCAUGUGCAGCUGGUCGAGUCUUCGGAUUGUCGUAUUUACAUUUCGUCACCACAGUUUGGUGGAGAAUGGGAGUACACCGUGAAGCUCAGCGACGACGCUCCUGCUUUUGCUGAAACCCAGGGAAGGAAGAACCCUUUUCUCGAGGCCACCGUGAAGACUGUGCUCAACUAUCUACUACCCUCAGACCGUUUCGACGUGAAGAUCACGCUCUUCUCUGAUCCAGGCUACCAUACCACCGAGGGCACGUCCGCUAAAAGCUCGCUGAACGGCAGAAAGUCGUUUUUGUUCCACCAGAAGCCUAUUGACCAGGUGCCCAAGACCGGUAUGGGCUCCUCUGCUGGUUUGGUGUCGGUAGUUACUGCUGCACUUUUUAGUCAUUUCUUGAAGCAGCCGCUCAACUACACGAGAAACACGGUCCACAACUUGGCUCAAAUCGCCCAUUGUGAAGCGCAGAAGAAGAUCGGCUCUGGUUUUGACGUUGCGGCUGCUGUUUACGGCUCUAUCAUCUACAGACGGUUCAAGCCUGAGGUUUUCAACCACCUUCUCGGCAGAGACCUGGACAGACAACUCUGCUCUGAGCUUCGUGAAGCCGUCGACUCCAACUGGAGCUUUACACACACGCAUUGUUCGCUUCCCAAGGGAAUCAAGCUAGUCAUGGGUGACGUGAGUGCUGGUUCUGAGACACCAAAGCUCGUUUCCAAGGUGCUCGCAUGGAAGCAGCUGGACCCCGAAAGCGCUAUCUGGUACGAGCAUCUCAACCAGGGCAACAAGGCUUUCGUCAGGUCAUUGGAGCAGCUCCACAACCUCAGUGAGACGAAUAGAGACUACGAUACGUUAUUGGCCGAUCCGGCGACGCUCGAGCUGCUUAGAAGAGCUAUUGCACAGAUCAGAAGAGGCUUCCAAGAGAUCGAGCCUCCUGAGCAGACAGAGUUGCUUGACAAGUGCAACAGUUUGCCUGGAUGCGUAGGCGGGUUGGUUCCUGGGGCAGGAGGCUACGAUGCCAUCAGUGUCCUUGUGCUUGAGAAGGAAAUGGAGGCUUUCCAGAAGGCCAGUGAGGAGGACGAGUACUUCAGCCGGGUAUCGUGGCUCGACCUCUCGGAGGAGUCUGCGGGCCUUUUGGAGGAAGACCCCCGGAACUAUUCUGGAUUGGUCUGA